AUUUGAAGUUAUUUCUCUAAAAGCAGCGACGAGAAAAAAUGGAAAAUCAAGAAGUAAUAGGAUUUCACUACGAUUAUCAAUACUAUCAAUUGUACGUUGAUGAGCAGGCACUGUUUCAGCCAGUGUUAACAGAAGCAAGCGUACAAUAUGCUGUUUUCGAGGCAUCGAACAUCGAUUACACCCAACAAUAUUCGAGUAAUGGAAGAAGUACCAAAUCAAGUAAUGGGAAGACAUAUGCCAACCAAAAUCGUUCAUUAAACCUAAAAUAUCACCCAUUGAUGGAUACCCAUGAAUACGCUUUAUUUUGUAGAGAUUGCUUUCCUAUACAUGCAAAUAAAACUUUCCAGAGUCACCGAUGCCAACGCAAUAUUCUUGCAUUUGUUGAGAAAGGUACCCCAUAUUGGAAUCGUGUGCGUGAAUAUAUAAACCAAAAUGGUACUACUAAAAUUCCAGAACCUUGUAGAAAUAUAUGCUAUAAUGUGCCGGGUUCAUAUCACGAAAAUGAAGAAAAAUGUGUAUUUGCACACAAUCCACUCGAGAUUAAGCUUUGGCGGCAGGAAAUCAAAGGAAAAUUCAACGUUCAAUAUUUUAUCGAAUAUCAGCAGAAAACUAGGUGUGACAUCAAUUAUAUUAUUUCUACAUAUGGACAGAUGUAUGAAUUCAUUUGUAAAACCUGUUCAGAGAGAGGAGAAACCUGUAAAGAAAGUUCCGACAAUCCUUAUCAUUGCGCUGGUUCCGUUGCACAUUAUUGGGAAGCAACUAAAAUUUUACAAUGCUUCACACGAUCAGGAAUAUUUAAAAUUAGGAAGCCCUUCACUGUAAGAAAGGACGCAUUUUACUUAAUUUGUGAUUCAGUUGCUUUCUGUAACAACAUCCUUUGUUCUUAUGCUCACAGUCGAGUGGAAAGGGAUAUAUGGCGAUUAGAACGUGAUCAGGGAUUUACGCAAGAAAGAUUGGUGGAAUUUUCUAAUGCUUUGCAAUUCAGGGAACCAUCAGAUUGCAAUGAUCAACCGGCCAUGUUUUAUAUAGGGAUGUAUAACAAUUGCGAUAAUGCCGGCAGAGAGGGAAGUCUCGUUUCCAGUUUUGUGAAAGAUACUACAUUAUGCUUUAAAAAUGAACAAAAUCAGAAAUUAACAUUAGAGAAUGUCAGACUGCAUGAUAAGAUGUCAAAAAAUGGUAAUUCAUUCACGUUGAAUUUUGAUGAUGCAUCGUCCAAGAAAGCAAUGAUUCUCUCCUCUGAAGAUUUGGUUGAUGAAACAUUAUUCUUGUUAGGAAGAAAAGGAAAAAAUAAAACUAAAACGAUGUCACAUCGGGUAAAACUUUUCCGAAAAUCACAUUAUCCUGAGGAAAAUGGAAUGUUUGGGAAGGAAGUGAAUACAGGUAAAAAUGAAACAUCUCGAUCGCUUACUGCGAAGUCUUCACCAGCAUGCAAUGGGAAUUAUGGUGUGUGUAUCGGAACGAAUGAAAUCCCAAGAACUGUAACUUUACUCCGAAGACCAACUGAUGCUGAAAAUAGUGAAAACUCUGUUGAUUUUAAGAUUUCGAAUAACACAUUUGCUACAUCUGCACUUCAGGCACCCUCUUCUGCUGAAAAUGGAGCGGUUGAUCCGAAUUCGGUUGUUCUACAUGAGGGGCCUCAUAUUCCAAACCCAUAUAGAAGAUCAUUCUCAGUACCUGAAAAUAAUGAAACUUUGCUGGAACAUAAGAAUGCAAAAUACAGAACAGACACUACAAGUUCUUUUCUAAAUGGAUAUUCUUGCCUGGAGAAUAGAGCAACUGAUAAUGAGUGUGUAGGUCCUCAUAACGCGCGGCCUGGCGUAGAUCUGUUACAAAACCAAUCGAAAGAGAAAAACGAAAACGAGAGCAAUGAUUCAUGUAUGGUUGGGAAUGAGGCAUCCCUUCAUAUACAUACACAUCAGCAGGAGCCUACUGAUCAGGAAAAUAAUGCUUUUGAUGAUGGGGAAAAUAUUGAUCGUGAGGUAUUUAAUUAUGUACUUUUGGGAGAAAAUUCAACACAUUAUGUUGACGCUAUAAAAAGUAUAAUGGGCAGAGCUGAUGAAAUUAUCACUCCUGAUGAAUAUGAAGAAUUAUCAUCUAUCGGUGGAGAGGAAUACAGUAACGAUGAAGAACGUGCUUAUUGCAUGGAAGAGUCGUCAGCUUCCCCUAAUUCGGAAGACCUGGGUGGUGGUAGUUCGGAAGAAAGGUCAAGAGAUACCCCUGCACCAGAAUAGGAAUUACGAAUCGAAAGUAUACUGUAUGUGUACUAUAUACGCAAGACGAU